AUGGACGGCAAGAGACAUCCCAGCUCGUUCCAGCAGCUGGAGAAGCUGGGCGAGGGCACGCAAACCGGCGAGCUCGUAGCCCUCAAGGAGAUCCACCUCGACUCGGAAGAAGGCACCCCCUCGACGGCCAUUCGAGAAAUCUCCCUCAUGAAGGAGCUCAAGCACGAAAACAUUGUCGCCCUGCAUGAUGUCAUCCACACCGAGAACAAGCUCAUGCUCCCCAUGACCAUCAAGUCCUUCAUGUACCAGCUGCUCAAGGGCAUCGACUUUUGCCACCAAAACAGGGUCCUCCACCGCGACCUCAAGCCCCAGAACCUCCUCAUCAACAGCAAGGGCCAGCUCAAGCUCGGCGAUUUCGGCCUCGCCCGCGCCUUUGGCAUCCCCGUCAACACCUUUUCCAACGAGGUCGUCACCCUCUGGUACCGCGCCCCCGACGUCCUGCUCGGCAGCCGUACCUACAACACCAGCAUCGAUAUCUGGUCCGCCGGCUGCAUCAUGGCCGAGAUGUACACGGGUCGACCCUUGUUUCCCGGCACCACCAACGAGGACCAGAUUGUGCGCAUCUUUAGGAUAAUGGGCACCCCGACCGAGCGAUCGUGGCCCGGCAUCACCCAGUUCCCCGAGUACAAGCCCAACUUCCAAAUGUACGCCACCCAAGACCUCCGCCAGAUCCUGCCCCAGAUCGACCCCGACGGCAUCGACCUGCUCCAGCGCAUGCUCCAGCUCCGGCCCGAAUUCCGCAUCAGCGCCCACGACGCCCUCAAGCAUCGCUGGUUCAACGACCUCAUCCUCCAGCAUCACCAACAGCAGCAGGCCGCUGCCAUGCAGGCUCAGGCUCGCGGAUACCCUCAGCAAGUACCACCCCAGGGAGCCCCAUACGACGCUUACUAG